AAUGUCUAAUAGUUAUUACGAUUGGUUGGUAAAGGUAAUUGUAUUAGGAGACUCAGGAGUAGGAAAGACCAAUAUCCUUACUUAAUAUUGUGAUCAAAAAUUUUCAUAAAAUUAUAUGGCAACUAUAGGUGUUGAUUUUAAGAUAAAGACAAUCACUGUAUAUAAAAUAAAUAUGUUAAAAAGGUUGAAGAUAAGAAAAUCAAAUUAUAAAUUUGGGACACAGCAGGAUAAGAGAGAUUUAGGAACAUUACAUAAACAUAUUAUAAAGGAGCAUUUGGAAUCAUUUUUGUUUAUUCCAUAGUAGAUAGAAACUCUUUCAAUAAUGUAGAAACUUGGAUCAAAUCUAUAACCGAAAAUACAACUGAUGAAGUGUAAUAUGCAAUAAUAAUCCCUUAAGUUGUUCAAUCUUAGUCGGAAAUAAAAUGGAUUCUCAAGAUAGAAGAGUUCAAUCAUCAGAAGGUUAAGCAUUAGCAACAAAGUAUAAAAUGCCAUUCAUAGAGACUAGUGCAUUAGAAAAUAAAAAUAUAUGUAAUAUUAAAAUACUUAUUAUAUUUUAGAAAACAUUUUUGAUAUAUUAGGUUUAAAUUUGAAGAAAAGAUUGGAAAAUGAGAGUCAAAAGCCAUAAGUUAAUGCUGAGAAAUAAUCAACAAGUUAAUUCAAAUUAAAUUAAGAAACUGCAUAGCCACAACCACCACCAUCUUCUUGUAAUUGUUGA